AUGCUGGAAGUUUAUGGGUUGGCGUUUCUUUGCGCCAUUAUUUGCGUAAACGUCAAUUGCGCGCCUUUUCCCGAAUACAUCGUAUAUCCAAAGUUGUUCGAGGCGAGAGGAAUCAACGGACAAAAAGUGCUGCACAUUAAAGACGGACUAACUCUUCGUUUGGAAAAACUCUACGUAAUGGCAGACUCACUUGUUUUCACAGAGAGUAAUGACGGAGUUCCAGCUGAAACAAUCAUGAACGGAACUGAGCUGGAAGAAAAUUUGUAUCAAGACAGAGAGAAGAUGGCCGCUGUAGCUUUAAAAGAAAUCGACGACAGUAUUGAAGUGACGGGUGUACUCAGUGACAAGUUACGCAUCGCUCCUCUGCCUUUGAUGGCUCGAUCUGAAGAUGGACAUCUUGCACACAGGGUCUACGAGGUGGAGCCCUCUAUGAAUCACGAAGAAAAUGACGCCGUGUUAAAUAAUACACUACCUAAUGAACAUGCUCGCAGCGAGAGGCGAACACGUGCCGCAUCGAUAAAGCACGUACCAGAUCUAUUUUUGGUUGAAGUUCACGUGAUGGUGGAUGAGCAUCAUUACAAAGAGUUUGGCCAGAGGGAAGAUUUAGUAACUUAUUUGGCACUCAACAUUGCACUGGUCAAUAUGCGCUAUGAAGACACGUCAGGUCCAAACAUUCAGUUCCUCCUCACCUCUAUUCAAAAGGAAGAGAAAUUUGCCCAAACCUUUAUAUAUGAAGAUAUCGGCUGGCCAGUUGCCAAGAGAAUCUAUGCGGAAGCAAACAAAACCUAUAAGCACCUUCUUGAAAACUACGGAAGGAGUCCCGCAGAUAUUACGGUUGCUGUGACAGGGUAA